AUGUCCACAUCACGGUUUUCAUCACCGGAGGGCUCUCCUGCUGGCAGGAGAAUACCCCGACCUCCAAAUUCCUUCAUUCUAUUCCGCCGAGACACGUUGUCUCAAGGAAACGUCGCAAAGACCUUCGUCGAUCCUUCCACUGGUUUCACACGACCCAGGGGCCAACCCGAUCUCUCGAAGGAAAUUGGAGUUUUGUGGCGGGAGGCACCGGAUGAUGUUAAGAGGCGCUAUAGUGAAUUGGCGGAUCAGUACCUGUACGAACAUAGGGGCAAGUAUCCGGGCUACAAGUACAAACCUCAGAAGUCCAAGAAGUCGGAGAAGGACUCAAGGAGGGACGUGAGAACAACCUCUUCAAAGUUGGAAACGGGCACGAGCUAUUACAUGCCCACGGACUCUCGAAUCCGAACUUCUUCCAGUACUGCGGCAUAUGUACAACCUCCACCUCCAUUACAGUGGCAUCCAAAUGUACCGCCUCUAACACCGGAUCAAGUCUACCCGGGUCACACCCCUUACGCGUUCGGUUUCCAUUCUUUGCAUCUCCCUGGCGAGAAUUAUACACCACAGCUCGACCCCUCCCCCGCCGUGAUGAUGCAGGCUGCAUAUCAGCAACAUCAAGGCAUAACCGAGUCGUAUACCACCUACAAUCCCCACUUUCCCGAAAUGCAAGCUUCGGUCCGUCGUCCAGAAUACCGGUCCACACAAAAUAUUGGUAUCGAUCCCCGGUUAUUACAAUAA